UACAACGACAUGCAUGACUAUGACUAUGAUAACCAGAGACCCAUUAGACGCUAUGAUAGUUUAGACUCCGCCACCAACGACCGCAGCGAUCUCGAUUCGGCUUCUGGCUCAAGCAGGCGGACCAGCCGCCAGUACUCCUUAGACAGUAGGCACUCGCUCUCUGAUAGCCCCACCGGUAGUAGUCGCUAUGCCUCCUCGGGUGAGCUGAGCCGUGGCAGCUCCCAACUCAGUGAGGAGUUUGGCCCAGAGGAUGGUGAGAGCUUCCGAGGUUCCGGAGAGUUCUACGAUGAGAAUGACUCCUACCAUUCCUGCCAUUCCUCCGUUAGCUAUGGUAAAGACUCACCUGGUUGGGAUCCAGAUGAGCCGCAUGGCGUCUACAGUGAUGAUGGGGAGUAUAACAAAGAUGGAGGUGAAGAAGGUGCACUCUAUGAUGAAGAGGAUGGUGAGAUCUAUGAGCAAGAGCAAAGGGAGUUUCCCUAUGAGGAGGAAGAGGAAGGAAUGGUGUAUGAAGAGGACGGAGACCUUUAUCCACUGGAUGGUACUCUCAGUGAAGAGCAGGAGCCACCUUACACCCCUACCCCAACCAGCACUGCCCCAGCGUUAGCUCCUGAGGCCCCAACCAGCCGUCCACCACUGGAGAAACAGGCUUCCAUACACCAGCAACAGCCACCACAAUCUCAACCACCAUUCCAGACCAUUGAGCCUAAGCGAAAGUCACCGCCCCCACAGCAGCCACAGGGUGUUUUUGCCAAGGUCCCUCAUACCUUGACCCCACCACGAGUCUCAGAGUUGGAGCCUGAGAAGGUCCCAACACCUGCAGGCAAGCAGGCAGCUCCUUCGGAGGAACCUUUGCUUACCCCUGCUACUGAGAACCUGCCUGAAGCAGAACAAGAAAAGAAAGAUGCUCCUCCAGAGAGCACACCAAAGUUGGAGCCACCUGUGGACCCUGCACUAAGGGCCAAAGCCAACUGGCUGCGACUCUUCAACAGGGUUCGCCUUCAACUUCAGGAGUUUUUUGUCAUUGCCAUGAUGAUUGUCAUGUUCUUCACUGCUUUACUGAAGCUGGACAAGCAGUCUGAAAGGUGGGUGUGACUAUGUGUGGGUCCAAAUUAAACACAUAUUCCUGACCGAUGGCUGCAGCCUGCUUCCUCUGAGAUACUCAUGGAGUUGUGAUGAAAG